UUAUGGAACGCAUAUUCUUAAGGAACAUUUAGCUAAGCGAACAGUUUACUUUAGUUACACGUAUACGACUGUGCCUAUUUUUUGCAAGAAACGGAUCGGAAUUGUAAAGAUAUAUAUUGAUAAAAAUACGGAACUAUAAAGAGACUGGUUCUAGAAUAGACUGAAACAUGUUCGUUUGGCGUUUUAUUCUGGUGCUUGUGCUCCUCCCUGCUGCAGCCUCGAAUGAUUUAGAAACAUUGACUUUAGAAAUAUCUAAACUCGGACGUAAAAUGGACACAUUUCAGUCGUUUGUGUUUCAGGAUAUUUCGAGCAUCAAAGACAAAAUCCACAAAAUGGAUUCAAAAAUGGACGCGAUUUUAAGACAAGGCCAAAAUAGAGAAGACAUACAUCAAGCACAAUCUGGAAGCCAGACUCAUGAAGAACAAUCUUUAAAUGACAUAGUCGAGCCCAUCGCUCUACAGCAGCAGUUAGAAAGAAUUAAGAGAGGCUUUAAGGAGGAGAAAGAAGGGAUUAGACAUGAGUUAGAUGAUCUGAAAGGCAUUUCACAGAAUCUUCUUGUUGGAAAAGACCAAAUUACGGAAUACCUCCUAACAUUAGAGAAAAAUGUUAACACAUUUCUCAAUAAAAUUAUUGGUGAGUUGAAGGAUGGAAUUCUCGACAUAACCAAAAAUGUUCAGAGAGAUUUGAACAUGUCGAUUGAACAUAGCGCUGAUGGCAUUGAGGAGAAAGCCCAAUCGUUAAAAGAACUUGUUGAACGAACAGACACUAUCAGUAAAUCCAGAUCGGACAUGAUUACUGAAACUCUUACAACAGCUCUAUCUGCAUCAGAGAAGACCAUUGUAGGCUACCUUAACGACACCAGCCUGAAGACUGCCGUCCUUGUCGACUCAGUAAAACAAGAUAUCAACAUAAUCAAGGAAAACACUGACAAAAUCAUAGCGAAUGCAAAUAUGACAUCUCCAGUGCGUCUUGCCAAUAAAAGUGAAUACUUAAACGGUGUGCAGGGACGUUUGGAAAUACUACAUGAUGGCGUUUGGGGGACAGUGUGUGAUGACGGGUUUGAGGAGAUUGAUGCAAAGGUUGCUUGCAAAAUGAUCGAUGUAAAUUUGAGCUUCGAUAAAGUUCAGCCAAGUACAUAUUAUGGUCCCGGAACUGGUAUGAUUUGGCUUGAUGACAUGUCUUGUAAUGGAGAGGAACGUUCUCUAUUUAACUGUCCAGGGGUUGUUAUUGGUAAACAUAACUGCGGCCACGUUGAAGACGUUGGUAUUAGGUGCUGGUACCGAUAAAUUCAGAGAUACUAAAUAUGUGCAUACCUACCUUGUGUUAGGAUCUGAAUUUAGAAAAGGAAAGACAAACUUGCACGAUUUUGAGCAGUGUUCUAAACAAAAAGUGGUUAGGAUGUUUUGGCAAUUAUAUUUUUACCAAAUUUAACAAUAUCCGCAACGAGAAAAGUAAACGUACUUCAACUUCAAGACACAAUUAUAUAAAAAUUAUUUAUUGUUUAUAAGGGGAGGUGCAUACAUAGAUGGACAACAAAUAUGUCUUUGUCCAGUUCUUGUUACCAAAUGGGAAAAAAAAUAAAUAUACUAAGGAAAUCAAAGAUGUCCUCCUUUUCGUAUGCUUGGAAUAUAUUGAUUGUGAAAUAGCAUAUACACAAUAAAUGUACUUGUUAAUAAUUUUGAAAUUGAAUACACGACAAAAAAAACGAAUAUACCUGAAUAUAUUCUUAGCAUUUGCCAGUGGUCAAUGACAUUUGCAGGGGCGUGCAAACGCAAGCCAUUUAUUUGGAGAACGUUUUUCAUCACAUGUGAUUGAUUAUCAUUUCUAGCACACCGGAUAGGCACUUCCGGUGAAUUCAGCCGUGCUGGAAAACUCCAUCUGGCAUCCCCCCAUGCCAGAUGAGUCACGCGCUGUGACGUAAUAUUUUUCAUUUCUUUUAUUUUACAUUUUAUGUAACCAAACUUAUGAGAUUUCAAUAGAUGAGUUCCAUAACUAUUAACUUUACAAAAAGACACCUUCAAAACAAAAGAAAAUAACCCUUAAAAGACGUGAUACUGAAGGCACAUCUUGUUGUAUGCAGUAAAUAAAAAUUACUGCGCGUCAUGACGUCAGCUAAAAUCAUCGCACGUGCUUUUUGGUGAAAUUUACAAAACAGCGCUUUUCUAUGCAUUUUUCACAAAAAAAAAUGUAAUUCAAGGUAUGCUAGAAAAAAUAUCUAUCAUGUGUGUCCGUUCAGGAUCGAAAAAUCCAACCCUCUUGCACGCUGCGUAGCCGGUAACUCGGCAAGCCUCGUUACCUGGCAACGCAGGUGCCCUCGGGUUGGAUUUUUCGAUUCGGAACGGGAACGCAUGACAGAUAUUAUAAAUUUUAAGUCACGUUAGGCGAGUACAAUAAACAAGAUUUUAUUUCAGGUCGAACAUACGGAUAUAUGAUGCUAAAUGUAUAGUAUAUAUUUAUCACGAAUAAACAUUUUCAAAGCCAUUUAAGAUUUCAGAAAU